AUGUCGCAACCUAAACCAGAGGUUGCCCUCAAGGGCGACUGCAGCGUCAUUUACAACGACACUCUCUAUUCAUACUCGGCUGCUGCAUUUCAAUCACUCAAGCUGGAGGAAGGGGCUAAAUGGAAGAAACUCCCAUCCGGCGAAAGUGCGGAUGGUGCAGUAUGUGUUGGCUCGACGCCGGCUGACGCAUCCCAAGCUGGUUUCUUCGUUGUGGGUGGUACAUCUGCCAAGGCCGACUACACCGGUCUUCAGAAAUUUACAUAUGCCUCAAAGACCUGGGAAACGCUCGCUCCCAACGCGGAUGUUCCCAACUUCGAUAACCACGUCACGAAAAACGUGAAGUGGCACAGUGCCACUUAUAUGGCCGCCAGCGAACAGAUCCUCAUGUUUGCUGGAUCUUACGACGGUGUCCAGUUUCCCUCUGCCUCCACCUACUCGAUCAAGACUACGGCCCCGUACAGAGUCUCUUCCUUUGACACUCUCAUUGCGCCCCCGGCUGUAGCACCAAUCCUGCUCCCGUGGUCAGAUACCCAAGCUAUCAUGGUUGGUGGAGGCGCCACCAAUACCAAGGUCGUUCUCUUCGACUUCACGACGAAAUGGAAUCCGACCGGUGCAAGCUUGGCCGCGCCCCUACAAGAUACCUCGGUCUUGAAGGCCAGUCUCAUGCGUGGCGAGGACAGCAGCGUUCACCUCUUCACCUUUGACGCAACAACAUCACCAACGACGGUCCGCCGCAUCAUGCUUUGGAAUGAGGUUGGAGCUCCUAUUGAGAACGCUGUCCCUGUCGAGGUAACUGGGCAGGCCGCGGCUCAUGCCAGGAGAGAGUUGACGGCUUCUACAUGGCCGCCAUACAACGCCACCCUGGCCCCUACCGCCAAGAGGACGGAUUACUCGUUGGCGACGACCAAGGAUGGCCUGGUGGUGUUGUCUGGCGGUAACGACAACGACGUGGUAGAGAUGUUUGAUUGCAAGCGUAAUGCCUGGAUGAAUGCGACAGACUUCUUGGUUGGUGAGCAGUUUGUGAUCAACUCAACACCCACGUUGAGCGCGACAUCAUCCACGGCAUCUUCAACGAGCACAUCGACGACAGGCUCUGCGACCAGCAGCCCCUCCAUGAUAGCGCCUGCUCAAGACAGCGCGACGCCGUCACCCACUGCCGCAGCUGCAUCAGCCGGCAGCGGCCUCGCUACGACCACAAUUCUCGGCAUUGUUUUGGGAAUCGUGUUUGGCCUGGCAUUUCUCUUGUUCUUGUUGCUGCUAUGUAUCAAGCGAGCCCGAGCACGACGCAGCCACGCCGAAGCCGGUCAUGCUCGACGGGCCAGCGGCUUCCCGCAAGAAAAGGACUAUUCGCGGUACAACACAGCCAAGGCAAGUGGUCCGUUCGUGCGUGGCCACCAGCAACAUGGCUCCGCCAACUCAUUUUCCUCUAUGGCUAUCCUUAUGGGCAAGGUGCAGAAGCCGGCAAUUCAACGGAAGCCCAGCAAUGACUCUCGCCGCAGCUCCGUUAGCAGCAUUUUCAACAAGCAGUUCAAGGCCACCAUUGGCAAGCCACAAUUGCAGCCCGGCCCGCAGAUUGGUUACGACGACAAGGAGAUGAGCGCGGUCACGGAGACCGUUCGGCCGAGGCCCCGAAACCAGCAGCAGGCCAAUGCGAAUGACGAUGAACUCAGACGCAGCUCUGGAUGGAACCGUUACUGGUCCGGCGGGAGUACUCUCAACGUCUUGGGGUUCGGCAGCAACAGCAAGCGCCAGACAGUGACGUCCGAUGGUUCACGAUAUUCUGAUAUGAACAGGAUGACCCAGGACUCGGCUACAGUCCCACCUCUCAAGGUGGAAGACCGGCCAUCGUUCUACAGCGUCAACACUGGCAGUCCCACAGUGUCUCAGUACAACCCACAGAUUCGGGAACACAUGUCGGGCAAGAUCGAGGAUCGACCAGUGUCUGCAGUGUCGGCAUUGUCGUCCUCUGGCUAUUCAAGCGGCAUUCCGGCAAGCAUCCGCGACUCGUGGGACGUGACCAACCCCAAGACGUGGACACAAGAUGACCGUGCUGCCAGUAGCAUGUACAGCCAGUACACGGUUCCUGUGCACAGCGGCUUCCAGCACACUCAGGCGCCACCAAUGCCAAAGUCGACGGGAAGCCGACCGCCGACAGGCCUGUCUCAGCAGCCGCAGCUUGCCGUGGCCGCUACAUCUUCCGACAUGAGCUGGUUGAACCUCGGCAACCAGAGCCGGAACAUCUGA